AUGUCUGUAGUGAACAUGCUGGUGAGACGUUAUGCUGGAAAUAGUGAACCAGUCAAAGCCAAAGAGGAGCUGAUAUUUCAUUGCGGUUUCAGGCGUUUCAGGGCAUCUCCUCUGUACUCUCAGCACACAUCUGCUGAUAAACACAAAUCAGAGCGUUUCCUGAGUGCUGACACUUCUGUAAUUGUCACUGUGUACGCACCCAUAACUUUCCCUCCGGCAUCAGUGCUAAUGUUCAAGCAGAGGAGUAAUGGGAUGCAUGAUCUGGUAGCCACCGGUUCCUUGAUGAGCAUCGAUCCAGACAGAAUAAUCAUCAAAAGAAUUGUAUUGAGUGGUCAUCCAUUUAAAAUCCUCAAACGGACGGCUGUGGUGCGCUAUAUGUUCUUCAACAGAGAGGAUAUAUUGUGGUUUAAGCCAGUAGAACUGCGCACAAAGUGGGGCCGCAGAGGACAUAUUAAAGAACCGCUGGGAACCCAUGGACAUAUGAAAUGUUUUUUUGACAAUCAGCUGAAGUCGCAGGAUACAGUACUAAUGAAUCUUUAUAAGCGUGUGUAUCCCAGAUGGAACUACGACCCAUACGUGCCACCACCUGUGACCUGGGUAAAGAAUGAGAACACAAUAGAUCCAGCAGAAGUGGAAAUGGAUUAAGCUCAAGAACAUCACGACUGCCAGAUCACGUUCUAAAUACUUUGCUGUGCCUUAUAAGAUACAUAUCUGGAAUUUGUAGUUCUCAUUUGCAGACAUUUUAAAUUAUGUUUGGGGUCGUUGGUAACUACUGCCAGAAAGUGAGAGAAAAAUCCUUGCAAAUUCUACAGGCUACAAGUACAUUAUGUAUCCACACUGGAUGUAAGCUGAAUAAAAAUGGUACAAGUAGCGUACAACUAAGAAGAUAUUUAUGCUACAAUCAAAGUUUACUAUAGUAUGGAACAGCAUUGUAAAAAUAUGUUGAUAACUUGUAUAGGACUAAAUUAUCUACACCACACAGUAACUGAAAGAAUAACAUAUAUAUAUUUUACAGUUUGUUGAAACGUGCUUUUCUCAUACGGUUAUAUCAUAUAAAUUCUGGAGCAAAUACAUUGUGUAUGAGAAACAUAAGCCACUGACAUGCUUAUUAUAGUGCGUGACAACUGAUAACAUCUAAAUUGAUAGGCACAGAGAUUUUUAUGUUGUGCUUACCAGUAAUAAAAUAAGCUUCAGAAGAUGA